AUGGAAAGUACAUGGUCUCAAGUACAGAGCAUAUGCGAUCCAGCCAUUGAUAAUGCAACUCCUGUAACGGCAUUGUGUUGGGAUCCCUACUUUGAGCUUCUUUGGGUGGGCAAUGACAACGGCCGUGUCACCUCGUACUAUGGCAAAGGUCUUCAACGAUACACGUCUUUCAAAGCACACAAAAAUGAGCAGAUUCGGCAGAUUCGACUUACCGAUCGAGGCAUUAUCAGCAUCAGUCCAAAGAGUAUACAAAUGCGUGACCGACGUGGUCUCGUGAGGUUCAACAUUAGCAACGAGCAGACGACCGAUUUGCAUUGUAUGACGACCAAGACACUCACCAACAACAGCGAGCUUCUGGUAGCUGGUCAACAGGAAGAGAUGCUCGUUAUCAACAUGGCACGUGGAUCCAUUACAUCAACUGUACCUGAUACAUCCAACAUUGUGGUGAUGAGGAACAUGGCAAGAUCUAUAUGCUGUGGAUCAUUAUCGGGCGAAGUGACUAUGCGAGAUACGAGGACAAUGCGAGUUGAACAAAGGAUACAGGCUCAUACGGCAACGCUCUCUGAUCUUGAUGUAUCUGGAAACAUUCUUGUAACAUGUGGAUUCUCACAAAGACAAAAUUCCCUCGUCAUUGAUCCAUUGGUCAAAGUCUAUGAUGUUCGCAUGGCAGCACGAUCAUUGGCACCCAUUCCUUUCCCUAGCGGCCCCAUGUUUCUUCGAAUGCAUCCCACUCUCAGUACGACGUGCCUUGUCGCUUCUCAAUCCGGUCAAUUUCAAAUGUGCGACGUAUCCAGUUUGGCAAUGGGCUCUUAUGCACCACCAGCACAGUUUUUCCAAAUCCAAAGCUCCAGCUAUAUUACUGCUAUGGAUAUGUCAAGCUCUGCUCAAACCUUGGCAUUCGGCGAUGGUGCAAGUUUCGUUUACCAGUUCGCUGACACUGACAACUUUGAUAUCAACCCCUAUUCCAUGCCAUUGACAACACCCGAUGCCGUUCCUCAACCCAACGUGGCAAUGGCCGAUGAUAGUCCUCUCUCAUCGGUAGGUAUGCCCUAUUACACGGAGCCAUUGUUAUCUACUUGGACCACACAUUCAGUAUUCGAAGCCGGCUGUCCACCGCCCCAGAUUGAUGAUGAAAUGAUACGCAGCAUGAAAAAGAUCGAUUUUGUUGGAUACGCACCCAAUCCUGGCAACAUGCGACGCAAUCAGGCACCCAAAAAGAAACGCACCACCAAAGAAAAGCGCGAUGUUCCCAAGUUUCGAUCAGAGCAAGAGCGUGAAUUAUUAUCCUCCAGCAAUGUCAUCUUGGAUGAACAAGGCGAACCACAUCAUACCGGCCGACGAUCUUCAUCCGUGGGCGAUUUACACAUCAACGAUCCAUUCGCUCUCACUAUGCCAAAACAUUACCAACGUGUGGAAAUCCAGUACAGCAAAUUUGGUGUUGAGGACUUUGAUUUUGGCUAUUACAAUCGUACAAGAUACGGUGGUCUCGAGACACACAUCAGGAAUUCAUACUGCAACUCUCUUUUGCAAAUGCUAUUCUUCGUCAAGCCGCUACGCAACGUUGCCAUUUCUCAUAUCAAGACAUCUUGUCCCCGAGAGCAUUGUCUCUUAUGCGAGCUUGGAUUCCUUUUCAGAAUGCUUGAGGAUUCCAAAGGACAGAAUUGCCAGGCAACCAACUUUUUGCGUGUCUUUAGUACAUUUCCACAAGCUGAAGUCCUAGGAUUAUUGGAACCAGAAACACCCGAUCACAAGACGUCUUAUUCGAUGAUGAUUCAAACGUUUAUGCGAUUUCUUUUGGAACAACUACAUCAAGAGAUUGAUCAAAUGAGGGAUAAUCCAUUAAUAUCAUCAGCAUUAUGUCUCGACAACACCAGCAAUGACCCUGCUUCCUCGUCACUUCCACCUCCAUCCGUGAUACAACAAAUCUUUGGUCUUCAAACGCUUAACCAUAGCAAAUGCAGCGGCUGCAACCAUGAGCUUUCACGAAUCACGUAUCCAUUCGUCAUUGACAUGCUAUAUCCAAAGAAGGAUCAAAAGAUGCGGAAGCGAUCAUUUACCAGUAUCUUAAAGGGAAGCAUGUAUCGAGAGAACCAGACCAAAGCAUGGUGUAUCAAUUGUCGACAAUAUCAACCCAUGGCGAUCAAAAAGGUCAUCCAGGCUUUACCACCUUCGUUGUUGAUCAAUUCGGGUGCUUUCAAAGCAGAGGAUACUGCCAUGUGGCGACAAAAUGGACCCAAUAUGCCCAAGAAACAGCCAUCAAGCGAUGCUGGUAGUCAAGAAAGCGAUAGUGGCACCGACACAAAUGCACAUCAAUCUUCAUGGGUGCCAGAAAGGUUUGGUGUGUACAUCAAUGGCACAGAGAUUGUUCUCAAGGCAUUGCCACGAGGAAAAGAGAUACCCCCAGAAUUCAACCAGUCCCCAAAGAUGUGUGCCAUCUAUGAGCUUUCGUCUACAAUUUUGCAAGUCAAUGCUGAUGAAGAUGAAUCGCACCUUGUUGCUCAAGUGAAAGUCCCUGAUGUUGAACGAGACAUGGAUGACAAGAGCCCCUGGUACCUCUUUAAUGACUUUUUGGUUCGGAGGAUUCGAAAAGAAGAAGUGCUUUCAUUCAAAGGAACAUGGAAGACACCAUGUGUAUUGCAGUAUCGACGAGUGGAUAGCGACGAGAUAUUGGAUUUCAGCUCUCUUCCAUCUGAAGUGGAUUAUUCGCUCUUGUUUGAAGAUCGAUCCAUUGCAAAGAAUCCACCAGAGAAUCCUUUACAUCGCGUAUUAUCACCAACAGAGAUGCCUCGCAAAGGCACGUUAGUUGCGAUCGACGCUGAGUUUGUUGCCUUGAACCAAGAAGAGACCGAGAUUCGUAGUGACGGCACCAAGUCUUUGAUUCGACCAAGUACUUUGAUGCUUGCUCGUGUUAGCGUCAUUCGUGGCGAAGGACCUGACGAAGGUGUACCAUUUAUCGAUGACUAUAUCUCAAGUACAGAAAAGGUGGUGGAUUAUCUUACAGAGUUUAGCGGCAUACAUGCCGAGGAUCUGGAUCCGAACACAACACGACAUACAUUGGUGCCUCUCAAGAUCGCAUACAAAAAGUUAAGAAUGUUACUGGAUCUGGGAUGUAUAUUUAUUGGCCAUGGUCUUGCAAAAGACUUCCGUACCAUCAAUAUCUUGGUUCCUCCUGAACAAAUCAUUGACACCGUUGACAUUUACCACAUCCGAAAUCGUCACAGGAAAAUAUCACUACGUUUCCUUGCAUGGCACUUGCUCGAACAAAAUAUCCAGUCUCACGGCCAUGACAGUAUUGAGGAUGCUGAAACGGCUCUCAUUCUUUACAAAAAGUAUCUCAAAUAUCGGGAAGAAGGAAAGUUUGGCCAGGUGCUUGAGGAGAUUUAUGAAGCUGGUCAUCGUGCCAAUUGGUUAAAAGGAACUCGCGAGACGUUAUCACGGACACCUAGUGCCAUCUUAUCACCGAAUCCUAGUCGGCCCACCUAA